AUGAGUCCCUUGGAGCUCUCCAGCAAUGAACCGAGGCCGAAACUGCCUGCCGGGGAUCUUAGAAAACCACAAAGGCCUGUCGUCGUACAGGAUUCGCAGUCUUAUUUGCCGCUCUCCAAGGUCCUCAACGACGGCGACAUUCUUCUUCUCCUGACUCCAGGGGUUCCACCCCAGAUUUCACCCGCCAACAGUGCUCCGACCUCCGACCCCUUUGAGCCCCUAGGGAAGGCGUUGGCUAAACACCAUCCGUGGGUCCGCCAUGUGCCAUAUUUGCCACGGAACGGUAUCAGCGGUACCCACGUCGUGCACAUCAGGUUAGCGACGACCGUGAUAUUCGUCAUCUCGGGCCCUCCUCGCCACGGGCAACGCUCACAGGUGGCUCUGGCCGAGAUUGCGCGUGCUGUCUCGGAGCACCGGCCACAAAUCAUUGUGGCAUGCUGCAAUCUUGAGGAUUUGGGGCCGCUCGAGAGCUCUUUCCCUGCCAUCAUCCAUAUUCCGAACUACUCCCCCGCCGAACUAGAAGCGGCUGCCAAUGUUCUUUUUGGUGGGGGCCAAAUUCCCUUGGUAGCAGCAGCGGUAGCAGCAGCAGCAGCAGCAGCAGCAGCGCCCGUUGUCCAACCAGUCGUCUUCGCGCCCAAGUCAUGGGCCGUCCAAGUGUGGGAUGCGCAUCGCGAUGUGCCCGCUGUCCAUGAGCUAUGGCAGCAAUGCUUCCCCGAAAGCUUUCAGCUGGGCCGGUUCCCGUUUCAGUCGCUGCUCCGCCGCGACGGCUACGCCAUGCACUAUAUUGUGCGGGAGCCCGGGACCUCGGAGGUGCUUGGCUUCUGUGCGACUUACACCACGUACGCCGACAGCGGCGGUGAGCGGCUAAUAGCUUCCAUGGCGGCAAUCUUGGUUCGGCCAUCUCACCGACUACGGGGCGUUGGCCUCAGCCUGCACAAUCACGCGUUACGCCAACUUGCGAAAACAAGGGGGGUCUGCCGUCUACAGCUCGGUAGUACGUUCCCGCGACUAUUUUACGGUCUACCGGCAGAGGUUCCUGUCGGUUGGUUUCAGCGGCGCGACUGGCCCAUCUCGGAUGUUCAAUCAUCGGUGCCCGGCUCUGGCCAAGAAGUCUGCGACUGGUUUCUUAGGCUCGAAGACUGGCCGGCAACCGGUUACAUGCCGCCGGGGCUGGUUUUCAGACCCUGCGAAUUCAGCGAGUUCGACGCCGUGUUGGAAAUUGUCGAAAAGGAAUCGAGGAAAAAGACCAACGUAGGCUGGUACGACCAAUACGCAAAGCUGGCCGGCACGAUGAACAUUCGGGAUAUUGUCAUUGGCCUUGAAGGCGGCGCCAUUGUUGCCACGGCCCUGACAUACGCAAAAAACACGGGGAGCCCCGUGGCUGAGGAUCUGCCCUGGGCUAGCACGAUUUCGGACGACACCGGCGGCGUCACAUGUGUCUGUAUCACAGACGAGAAACCUAAUAUGGCGAGCAGGCGAGACGCAAUCAUGAUACGGCUCCUCGACCGCUGCAUCCGCGUACUCUCUGAGCAAGGCAUGAAGAAGAUGUUUAUCGAUGCCAUCAAGGGCGGUGACGAGGGCUUUCAAUCCAUGGGCUUCCAAAAAUGGGCAAGAUACCGAGAGGUUUGGCGUGAUGUUUGA